CUUCUACCGGUUCUAUUGUCGCGCUAACGUUACUAGCAUGCAGUUAGCUUUCCUGAUCGAAGCAACUUCUUAAAUUAGGCUUCCGUAGCUCACUCGGUGUCUACAGGCCUGAAUAAGUAAUUUCACCGUUGCUUACAUCUAAAUGUUUUUAGUUGCAUGAUCGAUCUUGUUUGAUAUCGAUUUAUUCAAUUGUAGGAAAGUAUUGUUGUUUUUAUAAGGGGAACGAGAGCUAGCUAGCUGCGUUAGCAUUUCAUAUUUGUUCAUAUAGAUAUAUUUAGCUGCAUACUGCUAUAGCAGUGAUCAGUGUGUAAUAUGCGCUUGACUUUUCUUUAAAUACUGAAAUUAUGAUCAGGGUGUUUGAUGUAGGCACAUUAAGCAUCGGACUUUGAUCCGGUUAGGACAGCAAUUUUAGCAGCUCGCUGUCUGUGAAAAAGCUUUGUCUUCGUGUUGUGGAUUCGACAGAAACGCACAGCAGCCGGAGCUCCAAGCAGCACAUCGGAGACACGCUGGAUUGCUGGUGUUCUGAUGUAGACAUCUCCCUCUACCUCACGUCACUUUCUCCCUCUGUCCCAACGUCCUCUGAGACAGCUGAAUACUUUGGAACCGCUGUAAAAGUUUUGAUUUCAGCAUGGUAGAGGAAUAGCCUUAAUUUCAAAGUAUUCAGGGAACAGGCCAUUGCAGAAAGGAAGCGAUACUCUUUGACAUUCAGGGGCUGGUUGAAAACUCAUGGGAUACGAACAUGUCGGAGGUUGGAGAGCGUCGGCAAGUCAACACAGAUUAUGCUGUUUCUGUGCUGGAACAGCUGAAGUUUUUCUACGAGCAGAAGUUGUUGACUGACAUAACUUUGCUGGUGGAGGACAGUGAGUUCCCCUGCCAUAAAAUGGUGCUGGCCACCUGCAGCUCUUACUUCAGGGCCAUGUUUAUGAGUGGGCUCAGUGAGAGCAAACAGACACAUGUUCAUCUUAGAAAUGUUGACCCCAUCACACUGCAGACCAUCAUAACCUAUGCUUACACCGGGAUCUUAGUCAUCAACGACACCACUGUUGAACCUCUCUAUGAGACGGCAUGUUUUCUUCAGGUGGAGGAUGUUUUACUGCAGUGUCGAGAAUACUUGGUCAAAAAAAUCACUGCUGAAAACUGCGUCCGCAUGCUAAGCAUUGGUGAUUUGUUUAGUUGCACAGAGUUGAAGCAAAGUGCUAAGCGCAUGGUGGAGCACAAAUUUCCUGUCGUCUACCGACAGGAGGCUUUCCUGCAGCUCUCGCACGAGCUUUUGCUGGACCUCCUGAGCAGCGACAAUCUCAAUGUGGAGAAAGAGGAAACGGUACGUGAGGCGGCCAUGCUUUGGCUGGAAUACAACAUGGAAGCACGUUCUCCGUAUCUGUCCUCCGUCCUUAGCCAGAUUCGAAUUGAUGCGCUUUCUGAGGUGACCCAACGUGCCUGGUUCAAAGGUCUUCCACCGAACGACAAAUCAGUGGUAGUGCAAGGCCUGUACAAGUCUAUGCCAAAGUUUUUUAAGCCCAGACUGGGAAUGACCAAGGAAGAAAUGCUUAUUUUUGUAGAGGCUGAACCACCGGCUGAAAGCCACCCAGUCGUUAUAGGUCCACGUCACACAGUGGUCUGUUACAGCCCUCAAGCAGAGAAGGUUUAUAAACUGUGUAACCUGCCCGGAGACUUGCAGAAGGUUGGGACAUUGGUCACCCCAGACAAUGAUGUGUUUAUUGCCGGUGGACAGAUACCACUGAAGAGCACUCUAGCUACCCAUGGCAGCAAAAGUGGCAAGCUCCAGGCUGCCUACUGUUCAGUGGACAGCUUCUACUGGCUGGAUGCCCAGCAGAAUGCAUGGGUGGCCAAAACGCCGAUGCUAUACGCUCGUACUAAACCAUCACUGGUGUAUUGUCAGGGUUUCAUUUACGCUAUUGCUGGUGAUAAUGUGGGUGGUGAGUUGAAUAAGCGCACAGUGGAACGCUACGAUUGCGAGCGGGACGAAUGGAGCUUGAGCAGUCCUCUUCCCUGCGCGUGGAGUUGGAGCACAGCAGUAACAGCCCGGGACUGCAUCUAUGUCAUGACACACGACCUCAUGUACUGCUACUUCCCUCGAGCUGACACUUGGGUGGAAAUGGCCAUGCGGCAGACUAGUCGCUGCUUUGCUUCAGCUGCUGCGCUGGGAGACUUCAUCUUCUAUAUUGGUGGUCUGCAUGUUGUGGGCAACUCGGGUUUGCGUCUGCCAACAAGCACUAUUGAUGGCUCCUCUGUUACGGUAGAAAUAUAUGAUGUCAACAAAAACGAAUGGCGUCUGGCUGCUAACAUCCCAGCCAAGAGGUAUUCUGACCCCUGUGUGCGUGCCGUGGUGCUACUGAAUACGCUAUGCAUCUUUAUACGUGAGACGCACUUAAACGAGCGGGCGAAGUAUGCUCUCUAUCAGUACGACCUGGAGCUUGAUUGCUGGUCCUUGCGGCAGGCAGUGUCAGAACGUGUGCUCUGGGAUCUUGGCAAAGAUUUCCGUUGUGCUGUGGGUAAAUUAUACCCUUCCUGCCUUGAUGAAUCUCCCUGGAAGCCACCCACUUACCUCUUCUCUCCUGAUGGAGCGGAGGAGUUUGAGGUGGAUGAGGACAUGGUGUCACUGCCUCAUGUAUAGUUAAUGGAGUCGGCUUCAAAUUUAACCUGUAAUUUAUCCACUGUUCUGGAAUAAUGCUCUUCUCUUUUGAGAGGAAAGGUGACGGUCUUCCGUUAAUGAUUAGCGUGCUUAUGGAUAUCAAAAAUUUAAUUGGAAUCUCACAUUUUUAAUUCAGUUUUGACCCCUCUUCAACACUUGAAAUUUUUAUCAUCCUCAUAGCAAGUUUGAGAACAUAAAUAUUUAAUUUCUCUCAUCAUUACCAGUUGGAGGUACGGUUUUAACAAUUUGGUUGUGCGAAUGAUGCACAACCUCCUUUGGUUGGAAACGGCAACUGUACAUUGGGAGUUCUUAAAUUUCUCACUUUUUUUUUUUUUGUCCUGUUCAUCUUCCAGAAAUCAAUUGCUCACCUUUCUCUUAAAUGUCACCAGAAUAACAAGAGGUUCAAGGGGUUGGCGAGAUAUUUUGUACUGAUUGUCACUUGAUGUUUUGGAUUCGCCGCUGGUUUGGUGACUUGCUUGACAUUGAUUUUGUUAUUGUCAUUGUUGUGCUGUAUUUUCAUUGUUCACUUUCUCUGUAGUCUGUCUGUUGACCCAUCUUGGAUAUGACAUAAUUUGACCUCUAAAAAGGAUAGGUUUCACAUUUACAACCACAGAUACACUAGCGAUACCUCAGGGUGCUUUCCAGUCUGGUUUCUUGCUCUGUUUACUGUAUCAUUUAUUUCUCAUUCCCUCACUCAUAUAUAUAUAUGUAUAUCCCCUAUGAAACGAAUGCAGGAAAUACAAGCAACAGUAUUCAUUCUCCAUCAUGUUCAGAUGUAUGUAUGUUUAUGUACUGAAGCUGUGGAACUUAAAUGAAACCAAGUUAAAAUAAAUAAAACAAGCUUUACUCUUGAGUCACCAUGAAGCAUCUUCAAAUUGCCCUUAAUGCUUUGUUGCCCUGGGUCAUAACGUUUGUUCUAAUAUUAUGGUUAUUUUAAUGUAAAAAAAUAAAUAAAAAAAUAAUAAAUCUU